AUAUUUCAAGAGAGCUGAGAUUUGUUUGUCACGUUUUAAAGAUAGUUUCUUUUCAAAUUAUAACAUUUCUUUGUGGUAAGCAAUAAAGUUUUGAAACUUCAGGGAUAUAGAGAUGAUUUGUUUACCGAAGCAGAAAAAUAAUUCAAUUUGGUUGCUUCUGGUUUACGUCUGUCAUUUCGUUUCUUCGUGUUUUGUUUUCGGAUGAGAGCAUAAGCGUGAGGGAGUAACACUACAAAAUGGACGAGGAAAUCGACCCACAGGAGAUUAUCCCUGACCAUCAGGAGUCGCCUUCGAGAGACCCUUUGGGAUCUAGCAGCAGCAUCGGUGUUGACCACCCAAGCAUGUCAGACUAUCUGGAAUUCAUGAAGGAUAUUCCGAAGAGAACAGCAGAAGGCGGAAUCGAUCAGAAGACCGGGUAUCCUCUGAUGGACGGCAAUGGCUCACUUAUGUCGACAUCAGGCGAUAAAGACAGAAUGGAAUCUUCUGCUGUCGAUAGCGAUGGACUCAACGCAUCUGCCGGCAGCUACAGCCAGGGUUUUGCGGCCAGUAUCUACCGGCCGGCACUGUCGCACCAGGACUCGCAGCAGUCGGGCCUGAACGUGCCGCGGUACAGCACGCGGUCCGGCGGCGCUGCGUUCCACCAGUACGACAACUGGACCUCGCCUUUCAACCAGGAUGGCGGAACCAUGACGCUGAACAGCAGCGGCGAGGAAAACAAGAUGGGCUCUCCAGAGGAGUACGCGCGGCUGCAGGACGGCGCCGGCCCCUCCUCGGCUGGCGAGUAUUUUAACGGCGAGUCGCCUGGCUUCCGGCCGGUGACACACCAGCUGGGCAGCAUCAUCGGCCCGCUGGACGGCAUCGGCUGCAUGCCCGUUUGUCCGGGUCGUGAGACGCACAACGAAAAGGAGCGCAAACGUCGCUAUCGUAUCAAGAAUGCCUGCUCACUUCUCAAGGAUUUGGUACCAGGACUCAGCGACAAGACUGACAAGGCCACAGUUCUGGAGUACACCGUACAAUAUCUGAUCCAUCUCAAGAAGCACGUUGGAAGGCAGUUUGACAAGGACUUCAUGGAAAAGUAUAGUCCUUACUGAAAACGCCGCAUCGACGGCCUCGGAAGAAUACGAGGCCUCGAGAGUUUGUUGUAUUGGUUGUGUCGGUCCGAAGGUCAGGUGGUGUAGAAAUGCAUGAGUCAAGCAUGGCGUGGUAUUGCGAUGCAUCGACGGAUCAGGCAUGCACGUUGAUCGCCUUGUAGAUCAGCGUCAGAAAUGUGACUGUAUUAACCUGUACAAAACGCAGCUGGAAGCAGCAGCUGGCUGUCUGUGUACCGUGAACAGUGAUGUUGAAACUUCGUAAUUUAACCGUUAACUUAUAUAAUAAUAUGUAAACAUGCCCGAUCUUUUAAGGAUGUAUUAGAUUUGACGGAAGGCACGCAGCACAUGGUCCUUCAUGAGGCUCAUGGUCCUUCAAAUCAGUCACAUUACUUACCACUGAGUACAAACAUAAUAUGAAGACACUGAGAUAUGCAUGAAUCGAUAGUGUAACGUUAUAUGCAAUGUGCAUGCUGUCAAACGAAAGUUCAGUUCAGUUGCCCACAGUGGUGUCUAAACAUGAGUUUGAAUACUACCGGAAGUUUGACAA